UUUUGGUGGAACUUUCACUGGCCGGUGUUAGAGGGGCAGAGGGCAACUUUCUUAGAAAUUUCACCUUGACCACCCCCUUGAAUUCGUCGUCCAGGCCCCCUCAGCACUCCAUCAGGCCUUAGGCCGCCUUCCUCAGACAGGGAUUGGGUGCAUAGUGUGUCUUGCCUGGGGUCCUAGGCAGGACUUCAUUUGAGCAGACCCCUUUCCCCCAUUUCCUCUUCCCUGAGGCAGGAAGAGGUAACACGUGAAAGUUGUCCCUGAACCCUGAGUGAUGCGCUUCCCCUUUCUGUCUUUCUUUCAGGCAGUGCUGCAUUCUCUUUCAUCGUGACCCUGGAGGAGAAAUAAAUACCAGGCGGAGAAGUCCCACACUCUGCCCUGCCCUUGCCACACACCCACCUGCUUACCUCAUGUCUGGGUUCAGGGUGGGUGAGGGUGAAGAUCCCACCCGGCCAAGAUGAUUCUUUCCCUAGGGGCUGCUGCUGGUGUCCUCCCCCAGAUCCUGGGCCCCAGCAGAUGGGAGAGUGGCCCCCAACGAGCCCUGUCAGACUGCUGCAGAGGAGGUGAAGAGGGGUGGAGAAGAGGCACCCAUCUGGGAGACUGAAGCUACUUACUUGCCUGCAUCCCUGUAGACUUUGGACUUUUUAGAAGGACCUGUUGGUGGCCUUUGCCGGCGGCAGGAACUGGACUGUGUUCUGCCCUCGCACCUAUGCCCCCACCUCUGGCAGCAUCAUGAGCCAGUUUCAGGUGCCCCUGGCGGUCCAAACAGACCUGCCAGGCCUUUAUGACUUCCCUCAGGGCCAGGUGGUGGUAGGGGGCUUCCCAGGGCCUGGGCUCCCCGUGACUGGGAGUGAGCCCCAACUCCGAGGGGGUGGAGAUGGGCGAAAGAAACGGAAACGGUGUGGUACUUGUGAGCCCUGCCGGCGACUGGAAAACUGCGGGGCUUGCACUAGCUGUACCAACCGCCGCACGCAUCAGAUCUGCAAACUGCGCAAGUGUGAGGUGCUGAAGAAAAAAGUGGGACUUCUCAAGGAGGUGGAAAUAAAGGCUGGUGAAGGAGCCGGGCAGUGGGGACAAGGAGCUGUCAAGACAGGCUCAGAGCUCAGCCCAGUUGAUGGACCUGUUCCAGGUCAGAUGGACUCAGGGCCAGUGUACCAUGGGGACUCCCAGCAGCUAAGCGCCUCAAGGGCGCCGGUCAAUGGUGCUAGAGAGCCCGCUGGACCCAGUCUGCUGGGGGCUGGGGGUCCUUGGCGGGUAGACCAGAAGCCUGACUGGGAGGCUGCCCCAGGCCCAGCUCACACUGCUCGCCUGGAAGAUGCCCAUGAUCUGGUGGCCUUUUCGGCUGUGGCCGAAGCUGUGUCCUCUUAUGGGGCUCUUAGCACCCGGCUCUAUGAAACCUUCAACCGUGAGAUGAGUCGUGAGGCUGGGAACAACAGCGGGGGACCCCAGCCAGGGACUGAGGGCUGCUCUGCUGGCACCGAAGACCUUGACACACUACAGACGGCCCUGGUCCUUGCACGGCAUGGCAUGAAACCACCCAACUGCAACUGUGAUGGCCCAGAAUGCCCUGACUACCUCGAGUGGCUGGAGGGGAAGAUCAAGUCUGUGGUCAUGGAAGGAGGGGAGGCGCGGCCCAAACUCCCAGGGCCUCUGCCUUCUGGUGAGGCUGGCCUCCCAGCACCAAGUACGAGGUCACUCCCCAGCUCUGAGGUUCCCCAGAUGCCUCCCCUGGAGGGCCUGCCUUUGUCCCAGAGUGCCCUGAGCAUCGCCAAGGAGAAAAACAUCAGCCUGCAGACAGCCAUCGCCAUCGAGGCCCUCACGCAGCUCUCUUCUGCCCUCCCCCAGCCUUCUCAUUCCACCCCCCAGGCUUCUUGUUCCCUUCCUGAGGCCUUGUCCCCUCCCACACCUUUUAGGUCUCCCCAGUCUUACCUCCCAGCAUCCUCAUGGCCUGUGGCUCCCCGUGAAGAGCACCCAUCUUUUGCUCCUGAUAGCCCUGCCUUCCCUCCUGCAACCCCUAGGACUGAGUUUCCUGAAGCCUGGGGCACUGAUACCCCACCAGCAACUCCCCGGAACUCCUGGCCCACACCCCGCCCAAGCCCAGACCCCAUGGCUGAACUAGAGCAGUUAUUGGGCAGUGCCAGUGAUUACAUCCAGUCAGUAUUCAAGCGGCCCGAGGCCCUGCCUACCAAACCCAAGAUCAAGGUUGAGGUGCCCUCUUCCUCCCCAGCCCCAACCCCAGCCCCCCAGAGAGAGUCCUCGGAGCCAGACACCCACCAGAAGGCCCAGACGGCUCUGCAGCAGCACCUCCACCACAAGCGCAAUCUCUUCCUAGAGCAGGCCAAUGAUGCCUCCUUCCCCUCUGCCUCAGAGCCUCCUGCUCCUGGAUGGUGGGCCCCACCAACCUCAACUGCCCCAAGGCCUCCAGAUAGACCACCCAAGGAGAAGAAGAAAAAGCCCCUGGCACCAGCUGGGGGGCCUGUGGGAACAGAGAAAGGUGCUCCUGGGAUGAAGCCCAGUGUCCGAAAGUCUAUUCAGAUCAAGAAGUCUAGGCUGCGGGAAGCACAGCCCCUCUUCCUGCCUCUCCGGCAGAUCAUUCUGGAAGGGAUAAGGCCCACAGCCUCUGAGGGAGUGCAGGCUCCCCAACCUGCCCUGCUCCCUGCCUCACAGGGCUCUGCUGUCCCCGAACCCCCAGAACCUUCUCUUGCGCUAUUUGCACCUAGUCCCUCCAGGGACAGCCUGCUGCCCCCUACUCAGGAAAUGAGGUCCCCCAGCCCCAUGGCAACCCUGCAGCCAGGCUCCACCGGUCCUCUCCCCCCUGCUGAUGAUAAGCUGGAAGAGCUCAUCCGGCAGUUCGAGGCUGAAUUUGGGGAUAGCUUUGGGCUUCCCGGCCCCCCCUCUGUACCCAUUCAGGACCCUGAGAACCAGCCAACAUGCCUCCCAGCCCAGGAGAGCCCGUUCGCUACCCGGUCCCCCAAGCAAAUCAAGAUUGAAUCUUCAGGGGCUGUGACUGUGCUCUCAACUACCUGCUUCCACUCAGAGGAGGGGGGCCAGGAGGCCACACCCACCAAGGCUGAGAACCCACUCACACCCACUCUCAGUGGCUUUUUGGAAUCACCUCUUAAGUACCUGGACACACCCACCAAGAAUCUGCUGGACACACCUGCCAAGAGAGCCCAGGCCGAGUUCCCCACCUGCGAUUGCGUCGAACAAAUAGUGGAGAAAGAUGAAGGUCCAUAUUAUACUCACUUGGGAUCUGGCCCCACGGUAGCCUCUAUUCGGGAACUCAUGGAAGAGCGGUAUGGAGAGAAGGGAAAAGCCAUUCGGAUUGAGAAGGUCAUAUACACCGGGAAGGAGGGGAAGAGCUCCCGCGGCUGCCCCAUUGCAAAGUGGGUGAUCCGCAGGCACACGCUGGAGGAGAAGUUGCUGUGCCUGGUGCGGCACCGUGCAGGCCACCACUGCCAGAACGCUGUGAUCGUCAUCCUCAUCCUGGCCUGGGAGGGCAUCCCCCGUAGCCUUGGAGAUACCCUGUACCAGGAGCUCACUGACACUCUCCGGAAAUACGGGAACCCCACCACCCGGAGAUGCGGCCUCAACGAUGACCGGACCUGCGCUUGCCAAGGCAAAGACCCCAACACCUGCGGUGCCUCCUUCUCCUUCGGUUGCUCAUGGAGCAUGUACUUCAACGGCUGUAAAUAUGCUCGGAGCAAGACACCUCGCAAGUUCCGCCUCGCAGGGGACAAUCCCAAAGAGGAAGAAGUACUCCGGAAGAGUUUCCAGGACCUGGCUACCGAAGUUGCACCCCUGUAUAAGCGGCUGGCCCCUCAAGCUUAUCAGAACCAGGUGACCAAUGAGGAAAUAGCAAUCGACUGCCGUCUGGGGCUGAAGGAAGGGCGCCCCUUCGCGGGGGUCACGGCCUGCAUGGACUUCUGUGCCCACGCCCACAAGGACCAGCAUAACCUCUACAACGGGUGUACUGUGGUCUGUACCUUGACCAAGGAGGAUAAUCGCUGUGUGGGCAAGAUCCCUGAAGAUGAGCAACUGCAUGUCCUCCCCCUGUACAAGAUGGCCAACACCGAUGAGUUUGGCAGCGAGGAGAACCAGAAUGCCAAGGUGGACAGCGGAGCCAUCCAGGUGCUCACCUCCUUCCCCCGCGAGGUCCGGCGCCUGCCUGAGCCUGCCAAGUCUUGUCGCCAGCGGCAGCUAGAAGCCAGGAAGGCAGCAGCUGAGAAGAAGAAGCUUCAGAAGGAGAAGCUGAGCACUCCUGAAAAGAUCAAGCAGGAGGCCCUAGAGCUGGCAGGUGUCCCAACCGAUCCAGGCUUAUCUCUGAAGGGUGGAUUGUCCCAGCAAAGCCUGAAGCCCUCCCUCAAGGUAGAGCCGCAGAACCACUUUAGCUCCUUCAAGUACAGUGGCAACGCAGUGGUGGAGAGCUACUCGGUGCUGGGCAACUGCCGGCCCUCCGACCCAUACAGCAUGAACAGCGUGUAUUCCUACCACUCCUACUAUGCACAGCCCAGCCUGACCCCCGUCAACGGGUUCCACUCCAAGUAUACUCUCCCAUCGUUUGGCUACUACAGCUUCCCAUCCAGCAACCCCAUCUACCCUUCUCAGUUCCUGGGUCCUGGUGCCUGGGGGCAUAGUGGCAGCAGUGGUAGUUUUGAGAAGAAGCCAGACCUCCAUGCUCUGCACAACAGCCUGAGCCCGGCCUACAGUGGUGCUGAGUUUGCCGAGCUGCCCAGCCAGGCUGUUCCCACGGACACCCACCACCCCUCUCCUCACCACCAGCAGCCUGCUUAUUCAGGCCCCAAGGAGUAUCUGCUUCCCAAGCCCCCCCAGAUCCACCCAGUGUCCAGGGACCCUUCUCCCUUUGCUCAGAGCUCCAACUGCUACCACAGAUCCAUCAAGCAAGAGCCAGUAGAUCCAUUGAUCCAAGCUGAAUCUGUGCCCAGAGACCCUGGUAAGAUGGGCAAAACACCUCUGCCCGAGGCAUCUCAGAAUGGGGGCCCCAGUCACCUAUGGGGACAGUACGCAGGAGGCCCAAGCCUAUCCCCUAAGAGGACUAACAGUGUGGGUGGCAGCUGGGCCGUGUUCCCUUCUGGGGAGAGCCCUGCCAUUGUCCCUGACAAGCUCAGUUCCUUUGGGGCCAGCUGCCUGACCCCUUCCCACUUCUCAGAUGGCCAGUGGGGGCUGUUCUCUGGUGACAGGCAGCAGUCAUCGCCCCAUCCUGGAGGACAGCUGCGAGGUAAACCAUGGAGCCCCUGCAAGUUUGGGAACAACACCUCGGCCUUGACUGGGCCCAGCCUGACUGAGAAGCCAUGGGGGAUAGGGGCAGGGGAUUUCAAUUCUGCUCUGAAAGGUGGUCCUGGGUUCCAAGACAAGUUGUGGAACCCCGUGAAAGGAGAGGAGGGAAGGAUUCCAACCCCAGGGGCAAGCCAGCUGAACAAAGCCUGGCAGUCCUUCAGCGUGCCCUUGGGCUCCAGUGAGAAGUUGUUUGGGGCCCUAAAGUCCGAGGAAAAGCUGUGGGAUCCCUUUGGCCUAGAGGAGGCGCCAGCUGAGGAGCCCUCUAGCAAGGGAGGAGUGAAGGAGGAGAAGGCCAGCGGAGGAGGUGCUGAGGAGGAGGAGGAGGAGCUGUGGUCAGACAGUGAACACAAUUUCCUGGACGAGAACAUCGGUGGUGUGGCUGUGGCCCCUGCUCACGGCUCCAUCCUCAUCGAGUGUGCCCGCCGGGAACUGCAUGCCACCACGCCGCUCAAGAAACCCAACCGCUGCCACCCCACUCGCAUCUCGCUGGUCUUCUACCAGCACAAAAACCUCAACCAGCCUAAUCACGGACUGGCCCUCUGGGAAGCCAAGAUGAAGCAGCUGGCAGAGAGGGCACGGGAGCGGGAGGAGGAGGCCGCCCGCCUGGGCCUGGGCCAGCAGGAGGCCAAGCUGUAUGGGAAGAAGCGCAAGUGGGGCGGUGCCAUGGUGGCAGAGGCCCAGCAGAAGGAGAAGAAGGGGUUUGUCCCCACCCGGCAGGCGCUGGCCAUGCCCACAGACUCAGCGGUCACCGUGUCCUCCUAUGCCUACACAAAGGUCACUGGCCCCUACAGCCGCUGGAUCUAGGUGCCGGCAGCCAGCGUACCUCAGCGUCGGGCCUGGCCCGAGCUGCCUCUGUGGUGCUUUUGCCCUUACACCUGGGGGCGGGUUGGGGGUGCAGAAGUCUUUAUCUAUAUAUACAUAUAUAGAUAUGCAUAUCAUAUAUAUGUAUUUAUGGUCCAAACCUCAGAACUGACCCGCCCCUCCCUUCCCCCACAUCCCCAGCACUUUGAAGAAGAAACUACGGCUGUCGGGUGAUUUUUUCCGUGAUCUUAGUAUUUAUAUCUCCAAGUUUUUUUUUCCUCCCCCAUUUGUGUGGGGGGGAUUUUAUUUUCUCUUUGUUUUUAAAACUCUAUCCUUGUAUAUCACAAUAAUGGAAAAAGAAAGUUUAUAGUGUCCUUUCACAAAGGAGUAGUUUUAAAUUCCAUUUAAAAUGUGUAUUUAUUGGAUUUUUUAAAGCGACAAUAGUAAUGGUAAAGGAUCGGCAGGAAAGGCCAGCAGUGCUCACCCCUGCCCAGCCUUGCUGGGCCCAGUGAGCUCAGCCACUCGGGCGCUGACGAGGUCCUCUCAGCCAUCUGCCCCUCACGAGCCAAGUGCAGAUUGUAGCCACCCAGUCCAACCCUCCCGACAGAUACACCUUCCUUUCAGGGAAGGGAGUCCUCAGGACAGCCUCUGUCCUCUCAGUAGGAUGGGAGAAUCUAUAGAAAAAAUAUCUGGGGUCCCUUUCCCAGUCCCCAGCUUGGAGUCGUAGGGGGCAGAUGUACCCCAGGCCAGGCCUCUGAGAUGCUGGUGUAGAUUUCCCCAGAAACUAGGUUGGAAGUAGACAGCUUCAAGCUUGCUAGUCUCCACACUGAAUCCUCUCUGUCCGUUAUUUACCAAGUCACACUAUGUCUGUUCACUAGGCAGCACCUCAUGAUGGAGCUGGAGUUGAAAGGCUCUUGGAAGCCACAUCCACCAUGUUGCCAAGUCAGUACAUCCUGGGCUGAAGGAAUUUGUCUUAGUGGCAUUUUUUUUAAGGCCCCAAAGUCUAUGCUGAUACUGAAAAAGGGCUACUGUAUCUUUAAAAACAGGAAGUUGAACCCAAGCUGUGAAAAGCCAGUGGUGCUCUGUGCAUGGUGGUGCUCUGUGCACGGUGCUGGUGCUCUGCGCUGCGCUGUGCAGAGCCUGGUGCUGUAGUAUUGUGCUGGGACUCCUGACUCUUAGGCAGGUUGCAUCCUGCGGGGAGCUCAGCGGACCAGUGUAAUAGCAGUUAACACAUCUAUUCUUAUUCCUGGAUUUCCACAUUGGACAAUGGUGCAUGCCUCACACCUGAGCCCACCCCUCCAUGCUACCAGUGUGAGGGUAGGGGGCCUAUACUUCAAAGUUUUAAAGUGCAAGAGUCAAACUUUUUCAGCAGGUUGCUAUGAUGUUCCUCCCUAAUUGGUGCCAUUUAUUUCUCCAUUUGAUCAUUUUCUUUAUUCCUUCCUCCCCUCUCCACCCACUUUAACAUGCCCCUUCUAAAAUUCUGGUGCAUUCAUUCGGUUCUUUGAAAUGAGAAUGUGGUGCUUAAUUUUUGUGACAUUGUUAAGAGAGGUUGGGCCAGAUAGGGGAAAGCAACACUCAUCUACAGCAAAGUCUAACUUCUUGGAGUGUUGGUUUUUCCUGUGGUAUUAGCAGAAAUGAUAUCAGGCUACCCAUGUGGAUGUGUGUGGUGAAUGGGGGGGCUUCAUCAGGAUGCACAGGGAAAUGUGGCCACACAGUGAAUGACCACCAAGCCCUAAGAUAACAUCUGGUAUUUAUAGAGCAGUCUUAUUCAGCGAUGGGUCUUCAUCAAAUUUAGCAAUCAGAUGGCAAUGCUAAAGGCAAGUUCCUGAGCUUCCAGGUGCCUUGUGUAAGAGCUGAGAACCGGCCCGCUGGGUGUUUGCUGUAACUGGAAGCACUGGUGGAGAGUUGCUGUGAGAAGUCCUGAGCAUCUAUGUGGUCUGGUUUUAACUGUAAAUAGUGAAAGAUUUUUUUAAGCACUUUUGCCUAGAUUUAAACAGCAACUUGAAAAAGAAAAAGUAUGUUUUAACAUGUGAUUGUGGGAGAAAUUGUAAAUAGUAGCUGAAUAUUUAACGUGCUUUGUCUAUCCUCCACUUUUACCAUAUUCUGUAAAGUUGCAUUUAUUUUACAGGACAAAAAUGAAAUAUUAUUGCUUUUGAAAUAAAUACCCAAGAGCUUAUCAGGAUUUAGAAUUAUUCAGAACUCAGAUUUAUAGGAAAACCUCUGACCUUCAGUCUGACAAGCUAAAGGAAGCAGAGUCUUUAAUGAGCAUGCUAAUUUUCUAGUUUUGAGGAAAAUUGGGUCCUUUAAAUGCUAUUUUGCUUAUCGCAUCAGUACUUUUAUGCAGGUCUCAUUUGACUCCGUGCUUAGGUAGAUGCGGGGGUGCCUUGAAAACUUCAUUUUAAAUGAUCUUAAGCAAGAAAUACAAUAUUUUACAAAACAUGUGGAGAAUGUGACCGUCUGUAUGACCCGUGGAAGCCCCAGGUUGGCUGUUGGUUUGGAAGAUCCCGAGUGUAACCCAGGUGAUUCUGAUACUUGGCAUGUGUGAAUCUUCCUAAUGUAUGUUAAAUAUAUUCUUCCCCUCAUCACCCUUUGGUAGCAAAGCCAUUAGAUGAAAGGAGAAACCAAUACAAGCUAAAAGCAUGCGAUGUCUGUCCCUCCCCCAGCUCAAACAGCCUUGGUUCAUAAAUUCUGGAUUAGCAAACAGGCUGCUGAGAGGCGAGUCAAGAGGCAGUCUCCAUUGGAUGUCCCCAUGCCCCUCAGUGGCGUUUCAAGAGUUAGGUGGUGCUGUUGCUAUGCUCAAGCCCAUGCUGAUUUUUACAUACUACAUGUAUAACCUACCUCAAAUCUCAGUCAUUGAAAUUAGCAUGCUUUAGACAUAUAUUUAAAAAGUAACUAUGCACAGCUCUUUAUUCGCCCUUGCUGCUGAAGGUUUCUUAAAGAGAAAAAUCAAAUUUUUAUUUUUUACUGGCACUAUCAUUUUUUAAGUCCUGAAGAUGAUUAACAGACAUUUUUAUCAUGAGAAGAAAAAUAAAGCCAUUGCAACUAAAGAACCUAACAACAUGACCAAGUUUUAGGAGUAAUAUAGCAACAGAAAACGAUGGAGUCUUAAGAGUCAUCUCCCCAGUGUGCCCUGUCCAUGGAUACCAUCCACUCACAGUGCAAACAUUCAGUUCCUCUUUUGCUUUUUGUUUUCCCUGCCUAUUUCAUGCAAGGGAAGUUACUUGCAAAGCUCUGUGCUAAGAGAUUUUUUAAAUAAAAAUAGCUUUGCAGCAGGUUCUCACAAAAUAACUGGUGCUAGCUCAAGAAACCAUUAUCUAACCAUCAGAAAUCUCAACUAAAGGUGUUGCAUGGAUUUUGGUGUUUGCUUUUUGUUUUGUUGUUGGGUCUGGUUUUAGCGGGCCUAAGUUUCCCACACCUUGGCUUCAUGGGUAUUGCUUUGCCUUCUCACCAAGAUGACAAUGGUGUGCAUGGGAAGAGAUUACACCCUUCCCCCUCUUGGUCCUUCCACCAGCCUCUUUUGGAAACAGUAGUUUGCAGAGCAAGGGAUUUUAAAGUGCUAAAGCAACGACAGCAGUAGCAGAGCUUAAUUGCUUUGUACCAAACAGCGGUAGAUGUGAGAGGAUGGUUGACGAUGAGUAGAUCCUAACCUGAUUUCAUUGAGAGAAAUCCAGCCAGACUUUCAAGUUUAACUAACCACCACGAGAUCUCAAACCAAGGCAAAGCUGGUGGAAAACUAUACGAUAUCCCUGACGUGCCUCAACCAAUGUCUCUUUCCUUUUGUUACUGAAGUGUGUUUUAUGGACUAGGAAGCAUUUUUAUGAAUUGAAAUAGUCUAAAUAAAAUGGUGCUAUGGUGUUUUAAUGUGACUGUCCCUGGUCCUGUCUUGCUGAGGUGCUAUCAACGUUCUGAAACCACAACCAACCAAAAACAAGGUGGGCUCCAGUCUCUCUUGGCUCCCUCCCCCCCCCCUUUUGGUGCUGUCUUUUUAGACCUGUUUACCGUGCUGUAAUCUGCUCUGAGCAGCUUUUUGUUUUGUGUUAUUGUUCUUCCCUUGGUGGCCAAACAAAGCUAGGCAAGUUGAGAAGGCAGCUAGCUCCCUUGCUAUGGAUGGAAGUGGGCCGGGGCCUGGCUUGGCAGGUGCUUUUAUUUCAUAUUUGUCUUCUAAAGCCCAAUGAGAAAGAAAGGGUGGAGGGAUUUUGAGGGUUUAGUUUUCUUGUUUUCAGGAAGGAGAGUUGGGUACUGUCAACUCUUCUAGCAUGGCAGGCAUUCUCCUAGCCAGGGACACACAUUUCCCCCCUGUGGCCCAGGGUGCUAAGCGGACAUCUCUGGGGGUCCCAAGGGUAUGCCAAAGGAAACCAGGGAGGUGCCCUUCCUUGCCUGGCACCGGCCAGGAGCACGGCAGCCAGGGGCUUCACUUCUUUGCUCCUCACAGCCCAUAACCCAGCGUGCGUUUGUUUCUGCCUCUUGUUGGUAACCCCUUGUGUUCAGUCAGACUCAAGGAAGGAGUUUUCUUUGCGCACUCAAUACCACUGAGGCUGCUUUUUAGUUGGUGCUAAUCUAAAGUUCUUCUUGGGUCCACAGAAGUUAUUUUAAAAACUCAACAGGAAGCUCCAUUUUGUGUCAUCCACUGUCACAAUAAUUUUUUUUUAAAUACCUCAAAAACAGGACAUUGUGACAACUUCAGUAAAGUAGAUUACAUGAGGGUCUGAGACCUGUAGGUUGUCCCUUUGGUGAACGUACUUGACCUUAAAAGAAUUUGGGGUGGUUUUAUUUUUCAUUCUUCAGCAGUUAAAAUGGCAGAACGCCUAAAGGAAGAAGCAUGAUUGACUCUUUAAUUUUCUUUUUAACUCUUGGCUUUUGGAUAAAAUGUGAAUUUCUUAUGCCCAUCUCGUUGAGCUUUCUCAGUCAUUGUUGCUGUCAUUUUAAGUGACUCCCUCAGAACCUAGUUUCAUUAGCCAGCUGCAUCUGCUGUAGGACACGGCCAACUUCAGUAUACUCUGGACCAAAAUAAUGAUUUUGAGGUGCAUACCCCCGGCAUAGGUUAUACAGCCCUACACCCAUGAGUGCAUAGAGAGCUUUCUCCACAGGUGCAGGGGGCCCCUCUCUGGUGCUCCCAGCCCUUCCUCCUGUAGAGCUGCUGGCGAGAGCAGAGCAAUAGGCUUCUCCCUGAGCAGAGACCACUGCACAGAAAUGCAAGGUCUAAAGUUGCUUUUUUGCCUAAGAAUCCGCAAGCAAUUUGGCCUACUUCCUCAUUUGCUUCUAUUCUGAUAUCAGGGAUGCUUUUUGUAGUAUUUUUUGCUCCCUCCUCUCAUUUUGACUACCCACAUUCAGGGGUAACUCAUCACUCUUCACAUGGAGAUUUAAAUUAAAAUACUAAUUGGCUCAUUUUAACAUUCCAAAUUUAAUCAGUUCCAAUACCUUUUUUUUUUUCUUUUGAGGGGAAAAGGGGAGAAAAACAGGAGUGAUGUCAUUUCUUUUUCAUAUAUUCCACUUAAAGAAACAAGGGCAGGUCGUAUAGUGGCAUAUUAAUAUGUUAGACGUAAUCUAGAACCCUUGUAGUUUUUUGAUGUGUUUUAUUUCUUAUCUCUUUGAAUUCCUGUUUGGUUACUUGGCUUCCAAUGGAGGUGAACUUAACAACCAUACUUGAAUAUUCCGUCUUGACUUUGUAAACUGUGGCUACUUGAAAUGAAGUUUAUCUGGGGUUGAUGGAUGAAUGGUAGAUUUUUGCAAUGUCUCAAGGCAAUAGGAUGUGUAUUAUUAAACUGUAGAUAUUCUUAGUACAGUAAAUUUAUGCUGAUAAUUUUAUUUUGUAUAAUUUUUAUCUUUUUGUUAAUAUUUUUUCCUUCUACUUUAUUGGUUUGCCUCCUGAGCUACCCCUCCUGACCCUCCCUUCUCCCCCAGUGUUUCAGUAAAUUUAAUUUUAGGGUGCCUAGAAAUUGCAAGUAUGUAUCCUUUUUUGAUUUGUAUCUUAUUAUAAUUUACACAAACAACUGGGUUUGUGAACUGUAUUACUCCUGGUAUCUUUAAAAUAUUGUGGGUGUUUUAAUAAAUUUUAUAUUUAUUUUUUGCACUCAAA